AUGAAUUUCAACAGUCAAACUAGGGACGAUCCUCACGGCGUUCAGCGGCUGCUUGACAUUCUCCGUCGACAGCAGGAUGCUAGUUCCAGUGCGCCAGCUUCGUCCUCUUCGGCGGCCGCACCACCACCUCCAUCUGCCGCUGCAGCUUCGGCAUACUCAUCCAACCCAUUCUCGCUGGCAACUUCAAGUAGCUCAGUCCAGCCUCCAAUCUCCCCAGUCGAUGCAGAAGUAGACGCAGCGCAACGAAGAAGGACCUACAACACAACGUCAUCCAAGUACGGCGUCCCCGCAUCAUCGGAUGAACCCUUCGAUCCGUAUUCCUUCAACCCAUUCAGCGCCUCAGCACCCGUCCUCUCCACCCCUCCCGUCCCGGCUCCCCAACCCAAGCCUGCACCAUCUCCCUCACCACCAAAACCACGCGACUUAUCCGCACUAUCGUUCUCCGAAGCACUCCCCAUCCUCUCCACCCUCUCAACCGACACCUCGCUCCUCAACCGCAUACGAAUCCUCCGCAGGCAACAGCACGAUCUCGAGCAGCGUCUCGUCAAAGAAUACCGUCAGUUCGCAGCCACAGCAGACAAGCAAUACCCGAAUCCCAAGGCGAGGAGAACAGAGGACGAAAGGAGACGCAAGGAGAUGCUGGGCCAGUGGGACGAGUGCGUGAGGAACCAGCAGGAGGAGUUGAAGAGGGCGGGCGUGCCAGCGGUCAAGGUGACGAGGGACAAGAGGGAGCUGGAUAAGCAGAGGAAGGUGUUGAACGUGUUGGUGGAGAUGGUCGAUGAUGAUGGAGGCGAUGGUUGA